GUAUCAUUCUUCUAAGACUAAAUACUUAGUUUUCUGAUCAUGAUCAGCGGCGUUCGGAAGCGGAUCUUCGCCCUGUGCAAUUUCUUCUGGCUCAUAAUUUUAGAGUCCUUCUACACUGCACGAUCGCUAAAAAUGACAUCCUCUGCAUGGCAUCGUCCAGUUUCUUGGCGCGUUCCUAUUUGUGGCACUACUGGUGAGGGUUUUCGAAGAGAUUUUCUUGCUACAGACGGGGGUAGCGCAACUAGCUGGCGUCUAAUCUUGUCGAUUCCGGAACCUGUUUUUAAAGGGGACCAUAGUACAGCAUCUCAAGUUGGAGGAGGUGAUGGAAAUGAAUGUCCUUCUCUUGCUCUCGAUCUCACCCCAGACCUAACCAAGAACUUAGCCGAGAUUGUAAACGAAGCCUACGUUUAUGGGGAAAAUGAGAUGUGGAAAAAGGGCAGUCCUGGACGCACGAAUGAAGAGGAUAUCAGUCAGAAGCUAUUGGCGAGGAAACUUAUUAUUUGCUCAUGCGUGCACGUGCACGAAGACCACGGUUCGAGUGCUGUGAUGAACGUUAUAGGUCAAGUAUUCUUAUGGCUGAAAGUGGGGGCUUCUUUUGAUCAUAGAUUGAAUAAUGGUGGCUGAUCUAUCAAUCACGAGGAUUGUGAAUAUCGCAAAUGGAAGCUGCCAUCAUGCGGAAAUCCCUAACAUUCUGCGACACUGACUUUACAGUAGAUGAACGAGAAGGGGACGAUCCGAAAGAAAGAGAUAUUGGAGGAGAUGAUGCCAGUGUUCCGAUCGACCUCGACACGACCGCUGAAUUUGGCAUGUUAGCCGUUCGGCGUGACUGGCGUGGUAGGAAGUUAGCAUUGGAAUCAGUAUCCCCUACCGACAAGAAGAUGAUGCCCUCUUCCACGGAUAAGAAGAUGACAGUUGGUCGUCUUUUGAUAGAAUCAGCAGAGGAAUUAGCCAAGCGCAGAGGAAGGGCUGUAAUGCGUUGUGAAUUACUCGAACCCCGUAAGUGGGAACACCCAGUGAAGAAUAUUUUGUAUGCGUGGUACACGCGUUUGGGUUAUGAACCCGAAGUUGGCGUGGACCAUUUUGCUACCUUUUUCGUUCCGAACUUUCCGCACCUGUAUAAGCAUCUUCAGAAUCAUGAAGACGCUGCUGUUGUAGGGGCAGAAGAUUCUGUCGUGUCAGGCCAGGAGGACAAGAAGGAGAAGGAGCACGAAUACAGGAUCACUGUCUUUAGAAAGCGGCUGCUCGAUGUAGUUAGAAGGGACGACGAGAGCGUACCUGGUGAAGUAGGCAUAUUACAAUAAGAACAAUACGAAUACUGUUCGGGUUGAUGUAUGAUCAUGAACAAACGUUAUCAAUAUUACAAAGAGACCAUUGCCUCUACCAUUACCUCAUCUCGUCCAGCAUAUUAAAAAACUUCUUCUAUCUUCUUCCACUGCGCAGAAAGAAGGCUUGAUGUUGUUGUUUCCGGGUGGCUCUUGGAACAGUUGCACGUUGUGCAAGAACAACAUUUCUGAGAAAGAAGGAGCCCACGUCGACAUUGUGAUGUGGAAAUCAACGCAGGUAAGAU